AUGGCGGGCACAAGGGCGUGGGACCCCGGGGUGAACGGGGGGCUGCGGGGGGCUGCGGGGGGCUGCGGGUCUCCGCUGACUGCGCUGCCCCCACAGCUGUGCUGCGGGUGCGGCUGCAGCCCCUGCCGCGGGCUCCGCGUGUCCACGGGCACCCGUGUCCUCUACACCCUCCUGCACGUCCUGGCCUCCGCCGUGUGCUGCCUCAUGCUGUCCCGCACCGUGGCACAGGCCGUGAGGGAGAAGGUGCCGUUCUCGGCCGUGCUAUGCCAGCACCUGCCUGGCGGCACAGACUGCGAGCGGCUUGUGGGCUCCUCAGCCGUGUACCGGGUCUGCUUCGGCACCGCCUGCUUCCACCUGCUGCAGGCCGCCCUGCUCCUCAAUGUGCGCUCCAGCACGGACUGCCGCGCUCAGCUCCACAACGGGUUCUGGUUCCUGAAGCUGCUGGUGCUGGUGGGGCUCUGUGCCGCCAGCUUCUUCAUCCCCGAGGACAGCUUCAUCCUAGCCUGGCACUACACGGGCGUCUGUGGGGGCUUUGCCUUCAUCCUCAUCCAGCUGGUGCUGAUCACCGCCUUUGCGCACACCUGGAACAAGAACUGGCUGACAGGCGCUGCGCAGGACAAGCGCUGGUACCUGGCCGUGCUGCUGGCCACAGCUGCCUUCUACACCCUCGCCUGUGCCGCCUUCUCCUUCCUCUACAAGUACUACACCCACCCGGCUGCCUGCCAGCUCAACAAGGCGCUGCUCACCGUCAACGGCAGCCUCUGCGGCAUCGUGUCUUUCAUUUCCAUCACGCCCUGCGUGCGGCUCAAGCAGCCGCGGUCAGGGCUGCUGCAGUCCUCCAUCAUCAGCUGCUACAUGAUGUACCUUACCUUCUCUGCGCUGUCCAGCCGCCCUCCAGAGAGAGUGCUCUACAAGGGGCAGAACCUCACCGUCUGCUUCCCCGGCACCCGGCAGGAUGAGCUGCAGACAGAGGACACAACCGUUGCUGUUCUGGGGGCUGCCAUCAUGUAUGCCUGCGUGCUCUUUGCAUGUAAUGAAGCCUCCUAUCUUGCUGAGAUCUUUGGGCCCCUCUGGAUGGUCAAAGUUUACAGCUUCGAGUUUAAAAAACCUUCCUGUUGCUUCUGCUGCCCAGAGAAGAUGGAGGAGGAGCUGAGAGGUGAGUGCAGCAGGUCGGGGAGAGGCUGCAGAAACACACAAACGUGGGCACCAGCGUCAGACCCUAGGGGUGCUGGCCAGGACAGGGUGCAGGAGCUGUUGUCAUCUUGCACUCUCCCAGGUGCAGAGCAGACAUGCGAGCAAGAGGAGCCUGCCAGGGGACAGUGCCUUGUCCAGGAUGAGCGAGACCGGGUUGUCUACAGCUACUCAGCCUUCCACUUUGUCUUCUUCCUUGCCUCGCUCUAUGUCAUGAUGACCCUCACCAACUGGUUCAGCUAUGAGAACGCGGUGCUGGAGACCACCUUCACGCACGGCAGCUGGUCGACGUUCUGGGUGAAGGUGGCUUCGUGCUGGGCCUGUGUCCUGCUCUACCUGUGGCUGCUGCUGAGCCCCCUCUGCCUCCACGGCUCCCCCCAGCACCGGCGGAGCAGCCCAGCCUUGCGCGUCCUGCGGCGACGACGCGCCCCACACCGUAUCAGUGUCUCCACGUAGUCCCUGCUGGGACAGACUGCACCUGGCCCCAUGCACAGGUCAUGCCCUGUUCCUGUGCCCAGGCCCCGCCUGAUCUCGUGUCCCAGGAAAAGGCAGCAUCAGAGCACCGGAGGGGGAUCGA